AUGGACCAUCUCAAGAGAAGAACCGGUAUUCCAGAUGUUUCGGACGACAUUCCCGUGUCUCCUUCUAGUCAGAAGUUUAGGAAGACACUUCAGGAAAGCGGCUACCAAGAGCAGCUUCCUACCGACCAUCCGCUAUUAAAGUUGUAUCGGCGAUCGCUGAGCCUGAGCCACGGGGACGAGUCGUCUGCGGCGAAAAACUAUACCGCGAAUGUGGCAAAAAUGUUGUACUUCGUCGACGCGUGGUUGAAGGACCGGAAAACGCCGGCCAAGCACUGGUCGCAGUUGUUGGGCACCAGCGAAGAGCCCUUCCGCGAAUACCUCAGCAAGAGAGAAGAACUCGGGCAAACAAUUGCUACGUCAAUCAACUACCUCAAAAACCUGAACGCGUUGUACGAGCUGGCCCUGUCGUGCUAUUGCCUCGAAGACCCCUCGUUCCCGCAAUCAUUCGAUUCGACUCCAUGCCCUUCCCGGAUCAACGCCAUAAAAGUCGUUAAACAAAAGCUUAAACUCAUUUACAAAAACAAGAUUAAGAACCAGCCGCAAGAGCUUUUCAACAGAAAAACGGAGGAAGCCAGGACGGUCCCGGAGUACCUCGAGGUCUACCAAAUAAUAAAGCGUAUCUCCGAAAGCAUACCGAAAACAUUGACACAGCUAGAGGAACAUGUCGGGGAGGAAGGUCCGGUAGACGUAUCGACGUACAGGGACUCUGCGCCGAUACAGAAACACCUGAGCACAUUGUGGAGAAGCGUCUCUUGCGGCUUGGCUCUUACGUGCCUAUGGAUUUCAAAACACCGGUCUGGUGUCGUCACGAACUGCACGGUAGCCGAAUUCGAAAACCGUAAAAAGGAAGGGUCUAAAAUUAUAAUUACGGUGUCGAAACACAAGACCGGGGACAAGGAGCCGGCCAUGAUGGUCUUUGACCAGGACGAUACGGCGGCCCACCUGGAGAGAUACUAUAAGCUGCGCACGCGGGUGAGGACGUCGGUGAAAGAGCAUGAUGAAGACAUCACAAGCCGCGGGAAAAGACUCACCAAAUUGUAUGAAGAGAUAAACAGGAUCUACAAAUGCCAACUGUCGGCCAACAUCUUCCGACGAAUGGUUGAAACGCAAUCCAGGGCCCUCGGCAAAGAGACUAUGAGUGGCAUAGCGACGGCCCUGCAACACUCGGAAAGCACAGCGUUGAGGUAUUACCAGCUGCCAGAUUCGAACGAGGCACUGAGGCGGCAAACGACCAUAGACACGGUUGACGCGACAGCCGUGUUCGAGAGUCUGGUCGAGGACGAAUUUCCGGAAGUAUUUAAUCCGUCACCAUACAUUGACGUGAGCAACGGGGACACGGUCAGGAAGAACCUGGAAAAAACAGAGGCCCGAAGCAACCCGUUGGCCAGCGUAUCUGACCAAAUUAUCAUUCGGUAUCAACUUUGGUUCACCGAAUAUAUGAUGGAUGAACGUGUUGACGUGACCGUCGGUCUGCUUAAAGGCAAAUCCAUGCGAGACGUGACGAAAGUGUUGAAGUCAGAAGGGCUGAGCUUUUUUUUGAGGAUGAACUCUAAAGAGUUUUUGACGAAAGUCGAAAAAAAGCUGAGCCGUAGUCCUCCAGCACAAUAA